UCAGUGAGGGUACUCGUUGCCACAAAAGCAAAGCCUAACAAGGAUGUUGGAAGCUCACUUGACAGAGAAUUUUUCAAAAGCUUCUUGAAUGUUCUAAAGCGUCCACAAAAUGCUGGGAGGUUCAACUUCACCACACAGUUUCCUAACUACAGAGAAGUAACUUACAAGCCAAAUUUUCAAAAUAAAACACUGGGGAAACCUGUUGUGUUUGACAUGGACAUGAGUGCAGGCGAUUUUCUAGCUCUAUUUUACCUCCUAAAAGUGCCGGUUCAAGUAAUCGACCUUAAGGCAAUCAUUGUCAGCCCUACUGGAUGGGCUAGUUCAGCAACAAUAGAUAUCAUCUAUGACAUACUUCACAUGAUGGGUCGUGACGAUAUCCCAGUUGGUCUAGGAGAUGUUUUUGCAACGAAUCAGUCAGAUCCAAUAUUCUCAGCUGUUGGAGAAUGCAAGUAUGUUAAGGCCAUUCCUCAUGGAAGUGGGGGGUUACUCGACUCUGACACUCUUUAUGGUCUUGCUCGUGAUCUACCACGCAGCCCAAGAAGGUAUACAGCAGAGAAUUCUGUGAAGUUUGGGGCUCCUCGGGAUACGGAUCACCCUGAACUAAGACAGCCACUAGCCAUGGAAGUUUGGGAGUCUAUAUUGCAAACAACUAAACCCAAGUCUAAGAUUACAGUAUUAACCAAUGGACCCUUGACUAAUCUGGCAAAGGCUGUAUCAAUGAAAAACAUGAGCUCUAGAAUUGAGGAGGUCUAUGUAGUGGGGGGACACAUAAGCAGCAAUGCAAAUGACAAGGGAAACAUCUUUUCAGUUCCUUCCAACCAAUAUGCAGAAUUCAACAUGUUCCUUGAUCCUUUAGCAGCCAAGACAGUGUUUGAAUCAAAAGUUAACAUGACACUCAUUCCACUGAGUACACAGCGCAGAGUAAGUUCGUUUCCAAGCAUCAUAGGCGAGUUGCGAAGGACACCAAGAACACCCGAGGCUGUGUUUUCCGAGCGUCUAUUGUCAACUCUAUACCGUUUAAAGCGAACCCAUUACAGAUAUCAGCAUAUGGACACAUUCUUGGGGGAAAUUCUUGGUGCAGUUGUGUUGGGUGAUAGGCGUUCAGGUCUUGAUCCAAAGUUUAAGGUGAAGGAAGUUAAAGUGUUGGCUGAUGGUGAUGAAUGGAGUGAUGGAAGAAUUGUGGUGGAUGAGAAAGGUGGAAAAUUAGUGAGAAUUUUAAGCAGUGUGGAUGGGAAGGCUUAUCAUAGUUUGUAUGCAAAAAAGCUUGGCUAUGAGGAGCAGUCAGCUAAGAUUGGAAGCUUUAAGGACCAACAGAGAAAAUGGAGUUAUCAUCACAGUGAAAACUAGACACUACCUCUGAAGCCAUCUUGAUCAUAUCAAAGGGUGAUAGUGCAUCACAAUGUCUUAAGUUCAAGCUAUUCACAUAUGCCAAUUGUUAACUUACAAGUUAUUUAAUCAGAUAAUAAGAUUAUUUACCAAAUAAAAGUAUUUAUUAAACAAUUUUAUUUAUUAAUUUAUACCAUUUAUCUAUGCAC